ACGUUGCUACGUUCCACACGAUUUCUUAUCCAACUUCACACCAUUCCAAGGCCGAACCCCGCGCUCUUUUUUUCUGUAUGUGCAUCAACUCUUAUACCUGUCAUGAAAAUUGCCUUCUUCUCCUCAAGAUUGCAAUUGAAGUCUUAAGAGUAGAGACUUGAAGUAUGGCGUUGGCUGCAAACUCAAUAUAUUUGUCUCAUGAAGAAAGUAUUAGUAGUUCAUACAUCAAAUCGGGAAUUGAAAGAUUUCAUGGAAGGAAGGGACUUCAUUUUCGCAGCAUAGUAGUGUUGAAAAUUUUGCCUAAUAGCAGAAAGUCAAGAAGACAUGUUCAGUUGAUAAGAAGUUAUAGGAACUAUUGUGGACUUGUGCUAAGAUGCUCACAUCAAUUCUCUGGCUGGACAAAUAAGUUUCCCUCAUUUAGUAGUACUGCUGCGAGUAUAAAUAAGGCAAAAGAAGUGCUUAAUUUUCUGAUGUUGAGUGUGUCAAACAACCUAAAAGAAAAGGGCCAGUUGCAGUUCUUGAAAGUUGCCGGCAUAUUGGCAUGUGCCCUGUUAGUCAUUCCAUCGGCUGAUGCUGUUGAUGCUCUCAAAACUUGUGCUUGCUUGUUGAAGGAGUGCAGGUUAGAAUUGGCUAAAUGCAUUGCAAACCCAGCAUGUGCUGCCAAUAUCGCUUGCCUUCAGACAUGCAAUAAUCGGCCUGAUGAGACUGAAUGUCAGAUUAAAUGUGGGGACUUGUUUGAAAACAAUGUUGUUGAUGAAUUCAAUGAGUGUGCAGUCUCAAGAAAGAAGUGUGUACCUAAAAAAUCUGAUGUUGGGGAAUUUCCAGUCCCUGAUCCAGCUGUUCUAGUCAAAAGCUUUAACAUUGCAGAUUUCAGUGGAAAGUGGUUCAUUACUAGUGGCCUAAAUCCUACAUUCGAUACUUUUGACUGCCAAUUACAUGAUUUCCAUAGAGAGUCUAACAGACUCGUAGGAAAUUUGUCAUGGAGAAUACGAACUCCAGAUGGUGGCUUUUUCACUCGAUCAACUGUGCAGAAGUUUGUUCAAGAUCCAUUGCAGCCUGGAAUACUCUACAACCACGAUAAUGAGUAUCUUCAUUAUCAAGACGAUUGGUAUAUAUUGUCCUCCAAGCUAGAAAACAGCGAGAAUGAUUACAUAUUUGUGUAUUACAGAGGCAGGAAUGAUGCUUGGGAUGGAUAUGGUGGUGCCGUUGUGUACACAAGAAGUGCAGUUUUACCGGAAAGCAUCAUACCUGAAUUGGAAACAGCAGCUAAAAAGGUAGGACGAGAUUUCAACAAGUUUAUUAUAACAGAUAAUACUUGUGGGCCUGAGCCUCCCCUUGCUGAGAGAAUAGAGAAGACGGUAGAGGAAGGGGAAAAGACCAUUAUAAGAGAGGUUGAAGAAAUUGAAGGGAACGUAGAGAAGGUGGGAAAAACAGAAAUGGCCCUGUUUCAGAGAUUGGCAGAAGGGUUUAAAGAGCUGCAACAAGAUGAAGAAUUUUUCGUGAGAGAGCUAAGUAAGGAAGAGAUGGAUAUAUUGAAUGAUCUAAAAAUGGAAGCAGGUGAAGUGGAAAAACUCUUUGGCGAAGCAUUGCCUCUUAGGAAAUUAAGAUAGAAUCAUCUUAGAAGAAAUCUUUUGUUAUAGAUCAUACCUAGAAUAAUACUAAUUCUUUGGGAAAUGUCAAGCAAUAUUGCAUUUAUGCCUUCUGAAAAAAAAUCCAGAUUCCAAUUUUUAAA